UGGGCGUGUCUGUGCGGAUGGACGUAGCCGGCGUGGGUGACCGCGCCGUACGCGUCAUCAUGGCGACCACCAUGGCAGCCCCCACGCGCUUGCAGCGCUGCCUGGUGUGGCCCGCCGGGCGGCACAGCGCCUCCCUGAUCUUCCUGCACGGCUCAGGUGAUUCUGGACAAGGCCUAAGAAGUUGGAUCAAGCAGGUUUUAAAUCAAGACUUAGCAUUCCAGCACAUAAAAAUCAUUUAUCCAACCGCUCCACCCAGACCAUAUACCCCAAUGAAAGGAGGGAUCUCUAACGUGUGGUUUGACAGAUUUAAAAUAACCAAUGAUUGCCCAGAGCACCUGGAAUCGAUUGAUGCCAUGUGUCAAGUUCUCACAAAUUUGAUAGAGGAUGAAGUAAAAAGUGGCAUCAUGAAAAACAGGAUACUUAUAGGAGGAUUUUCCAUGGGAGGGUGCAUGGCCAUGCAUCUAGCCUAUAGAAACCAUCAGGAUGUGGCAGGAGUGUUUGCACUUUCUAGUUUUCUAAAUAAAUCAUCUGCCGUUUACCAGGAUCUUCAGAAGAAUGCCAGUGUGCUUCCUGAAUUAUUUCAGUGCCAUGGUACUGCAGAUGAGUUGGUUCUUCAUGCUUGGGGAGAAGAAACAAACACAAUGCUACAAUCUCUGGGAGUGAGGACAAAGUUUUACAGUCUCCCAGGUGUUUACCAUGAGCUCAGCAAAGCUGAGCUAGAGAAGCUCAAAGCCUGGAUUCUUACAAAGCUACCAGGAGAAACAGCAGGACAAUGAAUGCAUUAAGACUGGGUAGUUAAUAUGCAUAGAAUGUCAUGGUGAAAAGUGAUGGUUACUGGCAAAUUAUACUUUGAAAAGUGGUCAUUAAAAUAUUAAGAGGUGUGUAGUGCACCAAAGUAAAGGACUCUGGGGUGAGGGGGUGGGGUGGGGAAUGUUCAGGUCCUGGAACAUGAUGACAGAGGAGGAUCUAGAUGGGGGGUUAGAGUGUUAUAUGGAAAACUGAGAAAUGCUACACAUGUACCGAUUACAUAUUUUACUGUCAAUUGUAAACCAUUAAUCUCCCCCAAUAAAGAAAAUAUAUUCAAAGAUAUAGGCCAGCAGGCCCUUACUCAUUACUGAAGUGUUCAGCACUGCAGAGACCAGCAUGGCACUAAAGGGAUUCAUUAACUAGGACAAACAAGGGUGAAUUAUUAUUCAAAUAUCUUUUUUCACUAAUCAGAAACCCUCUAUGUAAUCAAAUACUGAAAUUUAGAAAAGGAAGCUUUAAAAUAAAGACAGUGAAAAGGCUUAA